UAAUGCAGGCUGUGCAGGCACACAUAUUGACGGACAUAGACAUGCACUGCUCAACAAUGGUGUCUCGGAAUGCUGCUCUUGGAAGCGUGUUAUCAAGGUACAGAAGUGUAAAUAGUCUGGUUGAUUAUGGAGACAAACUUCUACAAGAAAUUGUCCGAGAAAUGUCUGAAAGACUUCCGUUCCUACUUGAUAUCUUCACCAUAAUGGUAACUGCUGGAAAAGAGCCAGUUGAAAGUAAGGCUGUCCAUGUAGCUGCAGCAUAUGCAGUCCUAAUGAAUGGUAGAAAUGACAAACUUUCCGCAUGGCACAGGCUUACAACAUUCAUAACUAUAAAAAGGACAAUUGGAUGAUUCUGCAUUGACAAGACUUAACCAUUUGGGUCUCACCUUAUCGGCAACAAGUAAACUUAGGCUGUUGGAUGAGACUGGAAACAGAAUGGAAACAAGUGUAGCUUCAACAUUACAGAGGAAUCCAAUUAUCAAAGUCACUGGUGACAAUCUCGACAUAUAUGUGAGAACAGGUCAUAAAAGUCUAGAAAGAUCAAACCAAGACAUUCAUCUGUUUGCCUCAAAUAUCAUAUUCAGCAGGAUUGUUAAACCUGGUCUGUAUAGUAUGGUAAAACCACUUUGUGAUCUGCAAAGUUUGACCCCAGAACUAUUCUUUCCAUCUGAGCAAGACCGUGAAUCUCUAAGAAGAAGCUACUGUGUUAUGUUAGCUAGGAUCCUCAUGGGGUUACCAACAUACAAAUGGAUGCGUUCUGUUGUACCAUCACACAUCUAUCAUCCAUACCAAAGACAGAUGAGCCAACGGUCAGAGGUUUUUCAGCUACCUAUUCAGAUGAAAAAUGAGUCGAAGCAUGAGGAUUGUGUUGACAUUCUGGAUGGUUAUGAGGAUAUUCUGACAGGGAUAUACAACAAAGCAUUUGGAUCAGAUGAGCUGUUCCAGAAAUUUAAAGUUGUUGUUGGUGGGGAUCAACUAACUAGAGUUCGCUUGGAAGAGGCAAAACUUUUAAGGGCUUUAGCUACUUCUCCAAAGAGGCGGUUUGAUGACCUCCAACCAUUUGUAGUGGAACUAUGGCAUGUCAAGCAAGAUUUCUUGGAGGUACAUGAUUACACUGUAUACAAUUACUCAUGUAAUCUUUGCCACUGGUUUCUGCAUUUGAUACACAUGGAAGAUGUUGUCAGAGAGGGUGAUGUGAUAAGAUUAAUUCCAACUCUGAAAUAUUCACUUCAGUUCUUCUUUUCACACUCAAGGCUGUCAAAGUAUUUUGUUGAAUGCUUGGAUUUCAUCCUUAAAACAGAAUAUCUGCUAAGUCAGAUGCAGAGAAUGAGAGUAUUAGAAGGAGCAUUUGUCAAUCUUAGAGGUGGUCUUGGUCAAAAUAUCGAGUGUGACCUUGUAAAAGAAAAUUCUGUCAGAAAUCAGAAGGAUUUGAUAAGAGCUCUUGGAGCAAACAAAACCAACAAAGCCAUAUAUCGCAGCACCAAAGCUGCUGAUACUGUUGCAGACAUCUGCAGCAAGGUGGAUGAAUCUGUAAGUGUAAAGAAACAGAGUACGAGACAUCAAAUUCCAAAAUCAGUGAAGGAUGAAGUAGUGAUUCAUCAGUCUCUUAGAGCACUAAGACCAUUCUUCAAAGAAACAGACCGAAACUGUCAAGGUAUGCUGAAAGUUGCAGCAUCUCCAUUAAUGAAAAUUGACACUAAAGACUUCAAAUACAGAAUACAUCAAGUUGUAUCAAGGCUCUUCUAUGGCCAGAAUACUAGGACAAGGGAUGUGUCUGAUGAUGAGUAUGAUGAUGAUGACUGACUAUUUGAUAUUAAUAACUGAUACAGGAACAGACAUAUGGGUAUCAUUUGUAAGAGUGUAAGCUUCAUGGAGAUGAUGUUUCCCUGGCAUCUAACCAGAAAUCUUGUACAAUUCUGAGUAUUCUAAAUAUGAGACAAGAAAUAAAAGCUUGUUUAAAGGGACUCCACUGAAGUUUUUUGACAUGAUGGGACUGGAAAUAUUUUUUCCUGAUAAAUGUACCAUUUAAUGUAGGUGUAGACCACAAAUUUUUUGUGCAAACUUUCAGAUCAUUCGCGCACUUCGUUUUUCCAUAAUAAUUAUUCAAAUUGUAAAAAAUGACCCAAAAUGAAAAGCAUCUAAACGCUUUUCACUCAAAUAAGGCUAAGAAAAGCACAAAAAUACGAUUUUCGAUUUAUUUUAAAGUAUACUGUAUUUCUUAACUAUCUUUGCAUAUAUAUCUGUUUAAAGCGCCCCAGUUCAUUUACAUGUGUUUGUAAGUAAUUCUAAUGUUAUGUUUUUAGGCUUUUAAACCUCAGUGGAGUCCCUUUAAGUGCCAUUUCAAUGAAAAAAUUAAUAAAUGUUUAUGUUUAAAACAACAUUUAUUUAGGUUCUUUAAUGAACAAUAUCUUAUAUUAGUCUAAAUAUUGCUAUGCAUUUUCAAUAAGGGCUUGUGAUGUCAUUCUGUAAAAACUAAGGCAAUAGGACAUAAACCUAAGUUAUUAAGUGUUUAUUUCUAAACUGAUCAUAUUCAAUUUGGUUCAAUAAAGAUAUUCCCAAUUAUUAAAAUGACUUUUUUUAAAAAUACACAUUACUUGUUUUCCAACGUAAUACCAUUUUUGUUCUGCAUAAUGUACAAAAAAUGUCAAUACCUUUAUACUAAAUGUAUCAUAUUUUUAUUAAGACUCUUCACCACUUGGAGAAAUAACAUGUUUCUUGUUAACUUAUUGAUUGUGUUUAUUUACUUUGUACAAGAUGUCUGUUUUUUGCAAUAUGAACAACAUUUGUCACCAUCAAUAUUGUCAGAUUUCAAAAAUCCAAAUGGUUCCAGCAGCAUUUCACGGAGACACUUUACAUCAUUGUUACAGUAUUCAACAAUAUUGUCCUGGAUACCUGGUAAAUUCUUAGCAACAUCUUGUUUAUUACAAUAGAGAAUGGCUUUACUGGGUUGUCCUCUUCUACCGGCCCGUCCUAUUUCCUGCAGGUACUGAGACAAACUUCUUGGUGGUUUGGCAUGGAUCACUCUCUCAAUGCAAGGAGGAUCAAAGCCCAUACCAGCAACCGAUGAUGUAAGAACUAAACGAAUUCUGGGUUGGGGUAAAUACAAUUCUUCUACUGUUGCUUUAAUUACUGCCUUUUCCUGCCUAGAAUACAACACAGAGUAACAAGACUUUGUUAUGUCACAAGGUCCAAAGAGAUGCAUUAAGUAUGCUGCUGCUUGGCUGAUGUAAUAUAAUGGCAUAAACAUUAGUGUUAUUGGAUAAAUUUUAGGGUCUUUGUGAAGUAAUUCACACUCUUCUUUAAAGAUUUCCUCAUACACCCCACACAUAUCACUACUUUUCACUUUCAUGAUUUUUGAAAGAAAUAUAUUGGUUCUAUCUGGGGUUUCCUGUACUAACGCAGGACAAAGUAAGCCAAGGAUGUCUGGUAAUGUCCUCAUUUGAUCUUUGGUAAGGGUCCCACUUAAGGCAAUGAAGGGAAUUCUAUCAAAUAUUGCUGGCAACAUCUUUAGUUUUUUGUAAGCUGUCCUGAACUCCGCUCCCCUGAAAUUGAUUACAUUUUAGAUAUGAUAAUGGUGUAACGGAAUGAUAGUUGAAAUCAACUAUGUUAUGAAAACAUUAACUUUAUUAAAAGUUGUUUUUGUUGUGUAUUAUACAUUUGUGUGUCAAGGGCAGGUGGCCACAUUAAAUUUUCAAAUUAACUUUGGUACUAUUAAUAAAAAGAUUUUAAUUCUGCUUGUUUAAAUUUGAUAUUAUUAAUACUUAAAUGUCUAAGCUUUUCUUAUUGACUAAUAUGCAUACAUUAUAUUAUACAGUUGAGCUUUUUGAAAAUCUAGCGAAACACCGUGUUCCGGUACGUUUGCUCUGGGGAAUUGUACCAAAUGAAGUACAUAAUACAGUUACAUGAUAUUUUUAUUUUUCUAUCAUUAUUUUACAGUUUAAAGACUCUGUAACAAUUUCUCAUGGUUUUAUUUCAUGAAUAUGAUGCUCAAAUUAAGAUUUGUCAAUCUUGUAAGUUUCAAUAAGCAAUAUUUAUAAAGAUAUUACUGAAUUUAACAUUUCAUGUAAAUAAAGGGAGGUAAUUAGAAAUUUAUUUUCUAUUAAUUCUAAAGAUGAUGUCUUUGAUAAUUAUCUUUAUUCUUUUAAUAACUAUUGCAAAUUUUUCAAAAAAAUAAAUUGUUUAUUAUGAAAUAAAAUUUAUUGUCAGUCAUAGUGGAAUCUUCCAUAAUAAAUAGAUAUUUUCUGUGUAAACUUGCGUAUUUUCUUUAUUUUUUGUAUAUUUUUUGAGUUAAUUAUACAAUGAUAUUUAAUUAAUUCCUUACAAAAAAAUAACUGUUGUCUUUCACUUUUAUUUAAAAAGAGGCCAAAACCCUCAAGUUCUUUAUAACACUCCAUUAGGUGAAUUCCCCAGAGCUUAGUCUACAGAAAGUACGUUUACGAAUUUGUGAAUGACAUAGCAUUACUUGAAUAAAUAAGAAAUUUGUAAAAUUUUGAGUU